AUGGAGCCAGAAGGACCCCUCGCCCCAGGGACCAGCUAUGGACCCCCUCCCUUCAACUCAGCACAAACCUUCCUCAGCUGCACCUUACAGUCCUCGUGUUCUCCGAAUGUGAGCGAUGGUCUGAAGGGCUCGUGGGCUCGAGCCGGGGAUGAGGGCUCCACGCCGGCCGAGGACCCCCAGCCCGGCGCCGACCCAGGGAGGAACGCACAGAGGAGACUCAAGUCCUCGGCCUUCCCUUCCUCCCUGAGCUGGGACUCGGACUCAGAGAAGGAAACACAAGAUGAGGAGGAGCUACAGCACUUUUCUAACCCUCAUGGUCUGGCUGCUCACAGCCCAGGAUCUCCUUCUUCUGGACUCAGACUUGAUAGUGAGGACGACCCAGAACCAGACAAACUGCAGCACUUGCAGAGUAAAAUGGAUCCGUUUCCCCCGGAGGAGCACGGUGACACCGACGAGAGCACAAAGACAGAAGAGUCGAACGCGGCUCAGCUUGGCCGAGCAGAAUUGGCAGACAGCAAAGUCUGGAAUGUAUCUGAGGGAGCUGAGCUGUUCCUCUCCAAAGUAAAACCAAAGGGAAGUUGCCAAAUGGAGGGGGAGGAGGAGGGUGAGGAAGACGAGGGAGACAAGAGGCCCAUGGGAAAAGAAGCCAAGGAGUCUGAGAGAGAUGUGUACACGUUCCCCGGGGACUCGGACCCUGAGAGCCCCCCGCCUGCCCCCUGGGCCCAUUGCACUUUCAUUCAGCGGUGCAGGAAGAAGAGGGUUCUGCUCAGGCCUUUCUCCGGACUCGGGACCUUGAAGCGCACGGUGCCGGAGACGGGUCGCCAGGGAGGGCGAGCGAGUCUCCGGAAGUCCACGUCCUCAGAGAUGGCACCGUCGGAUCCAGGUGGAGGGCGGUACGAGUUUGAGGAGGUCGUCUUCGGAGAGGGACGAGGGAAGAGACACGACGAAGAGGAAGAAGAAGAAGAGAGUGGGGUGGGGCUCGGUAAAGAGAUCUUCACCUGUGUGGAAUGUAGCAUUUAUUUCAAGAAGCAGGUCCAUCUGCAGGAGCACAUGGUGGAGCACUGUCAGAGCGGGUCGGGGGGCGGCCGGCGUCUGGGGAAGAGCGUUCGAUUCCGGUGCACCGAGUGUGGAUGGAACCUGCCGAGUCGACCGGCGCUGGCAGACCACCGCAAGAGGCACCAGGAGUCCCGUGAGAAGAUCCUGGAGGAGAUCGAAAAGCUGAAUGAGAAUGGAAAAGGGUUGGACGGCAACGUGGUGAAGAACAUUAGUCCAGACCCGGUUUUGAUUCCAGACCCAGAAACCAUCACAUCUCCACCUCGAUCCCCAGCUCCAGCACCAGAGGCCGACUCAGCUGUUGUUUCCUCCGAUGCAACUCUUCCAAACUCACUUCGAUCCCCGGCUCAAGCUCGAGCCGUCUCUGCCAACCGCCGUCGCUUCGUCUGCCCCAAGUGUAACUUCAUCACCAGAACGUCCCAGGCACUGGCCAAUCACUCCAAGACCCACAACAGGAAGAGAAGCGUCCUCCAGGCGGACUCGCCGUCUCCUGCGUCCCCGUCACGUCUCACGUCCUCCUCCCUGGCCUGUGGUCAUUGUGCCUUCCAGACCUCCAGUGACACUGUCCUGAGGGAACACCACAAACUUGCACACCCGGGACAGUUCUCCGACGAGGAGACUGGCCGCCGCUCAAAGACUGACGUGGUCGCUCGAGUUUCUAAACCUGUCGCUGUGUCUGAGGACAACGCUGCCGCCGCUCGGCCCACAAGCCUGGUGGGCGGGAACAGGAGGUUCAGCCGGAGAGGGAAGACCUGGACGGAUCCGGCUAAGUUUUCUCACAGGUUGGAUGAGGACACGCAGCCCAGGAGUGAAGAAGACGAACCGAAUGAAUGUCAGAACACAGAGCUCGACACCGAAGCGUCCGGGCGAGAGGUCGGCUCACCUGCAGGAGGGAAGCGUUCCACUAGGGGGCGAUCGGACACAGACGACAGUUCAACACAGCAGAGUCCGACAUUCUCUCCUCCGCCUAAGAAGAAUGUGAAGGAUGAAGACGAGCAGGAAGCAGAGGAAGAGGGACGGGUCAUCACACUGAGGAGGAGCAGCCGGGUCACUGGUGCACCUGCAGAGAGCGACAGUGACGAUGACACCGAGGAGGAGGAGCGAGUCCGACGCCUCCUGGCCGAGGGAAUCCUGGACGAGGAGAACAACGAGCUGGACGAGGACUUGGAGGCGCUGAAGAGCGUGGAGAGGAAGUGCCCGUACUGCCCCGAUCGCUUCCACAACGGCAUCGGGCUGGCCAAUCACGUGAGAGGCCACCUGAACCGAGUGGGCGUCAGCUACAACGUGCGUCACUUCAUCUCCCCCGAGGAGGUCAACGCCAUUGAGAGGAAGUUCUCAUAUCAGAAGAAGAAGAAAAAAGUUGCUAACUUCGACCCGGACACGUUCAGUGUGAUGCACUGUGAGUUCUGCAGCGCCGGCUUCGACACCCGCGCCGGCCUCUCCAGCCACGCCCGCGCCCAUCUCCGAGACUUCGGCAUCACCAACUGGGACGUCACCAUCUCGCCCAUCCACAUCCUGAGGGAGCUGUUCUCCAGCAGGCCCGACCUGGUGAUCCCCACGGCGCCCCCCCGCAGCCUGGUCUCCCCACAGGAGGAGGACGAGGAGGACGAGGAGGAGGACGAGGAGGAGGAGGAGGAGGAGGAGGAAUGGGAGGGAAUCACUCAGGUGAAGCUGGAGGGGGAGGAGAGUGAGAUCUGUGAUGUGGAGCCUUCGGGAUCUCCUUCAGCCUGGAAGACAGAGGACGGAGCAGAGGAGUGGGAUGAGGAGGAGGAGGAGGCUGCUGAUGAAGAGGACGAGGAGGAGCUGCAGCCGUCGGCUCUGGACGCUCUGAGCUCCAGCCCGGCGAGGACGGGGGGGCUGUGCGGCGCCGAGACGGACGGCAUCUCUCCCGCCGAGGAUGCAGACACCAAGGAUCACAGCCUGAAGUGUGAGGUGUGCGGCGCUCAGUUCGGGACCCGGCGCGGCCUCUCCAGCCACGCUCGCUCUCACCUGCGGCAGCUGGGCAUCAGCGUGUCGGAGAGCAGCGGCGCUCCCAUCGACCUCCUGUACCAAAUCGCCAAGGAGCGCCACAUCCACGGCCAAAUAAGCUCCUCCCUCUCGGCCAAGGGCCCCUCCGCUCCCGCUCCUCGGAAAGAUGAGGAUUUAGACGACAUGGACGAGAAACCCAUCCCUCUCUCCCUCCUGGCCAAAGCAGCGAAAGCAGCGCCGCGCUCUUCCUCCUCCUCCUCCUCCACGCCGACACCUUCUCCCGGUGCCUCGCCGGCGCCGCCUCACUCCGGCUCAGUGGUGAGAAAAGCUCCCAUUUCCUCUCUGCUGCCGGUGUCUUCCCCCCUGCGCUCGCCUGAGCACAAGGCCGGGGGGAUGAAGAGCUUGACCUCUGCCCUCUCCUCCACCGCCACCGCAGCCAAACCGAUCUGGGCGCCACAGGAGAACGACGCCCCCCUCAACCUCACGCUGGAGGUCGACCCCAACAAGGACAUCGUGUGCCAGCUGUGCGGCGCCUGGUUCGAGACGAGGAAGGGUCUGUCCAGCCACGCCCGGGCCCACCUGCGGCACUUUGGCGUGGAGUACUCCGAGUCCAAGGGCUCACCCAUCGACCUCCUGAACCGCCUCAUCCACAGCGACGACUUCAAGCACAAAGCCAGCACGCUGACGCUCGACGGCCUCACCGAGUCGCGGCGCCACGCCACCACGCUCUCCUCCUCCCCCAAGCUGUCCAUGCUGAGCCUCUCCUCCUCCUUCCCCCCGGCAUCGCUCCUCUACAAGGUGACCACGGCGAGAGGAGGGUCGGCGUCCAAAGCUACCUCGUCCUCGUCCUUACUCGGCCCGCCUGCCAAGCGUCACAAGUCUUCUUCCAUGCAGCUCUUCCGCCUGAGCAGUGGCGAGCUCAUGGCGCUUCCACACAGUGACCCUCCGAAGGAAAUAGGCUGUGAGUUCUGCGGGGAGUAUUUUGAGAAUCGCAAAGGCCUCUCCAGCCACGCCCGCUCCCACCUGCGCCAGAUGGGCAUCACCGAGUGGUCGGUGAACGGCUCGCCCAUCGACACCCUGAGGGAGAUCAUCACCCGGCGAGGCCUCCCCUGCGCCCUUCCUCUCAAACCGCUCAAGACUCCGCCUCCAUCCUCGCCGGGACCCCCUCGCUCUCCUCUGUCCACCUCCUCCUCUCCCUCGGCCACGCUCCUCAGCCGCCUGCCCUUCACCUUCGCCCGCCCCUCCAGUCCCGCCCAGCCCACCGUAUCUAAAUCGGGCUCGGCUCCACCGGCGUCUUCCGGCGGGCUGAUCCUCAAGCUGAAGCCGGAGCCGGUGCAGCUGGAGGUCACCACGCCGGGAGCGGUGGGCAGAUCCGGGAGCUUCUCCUCUGAACCUCUGGGCUGCAGCUGGAGCAGCGCAGACAACUCCUUCCCUCUCAACUUGGCCAUGGCCCACGAGGUCGAGCCAACGAGGGAUAUCCGCUGUGAGUUCUGUGGGGAAUAUUUUGAAAACCGUAAAGGCCUUUCCAGCCACGCCCGCUCCCACCUGCGCCAGAUGGGCAUCACCGAGUGGUCGGUCAACGGCUCGCCCAUCGACACCCUCAAGGAGGUCAUGCACAAGAGAGGGGUGAGCUCCUCCUCCUCCGACCUGGGAGUGAAGAAGGAGUCGAGCCAGGGAGCCAGCCGGUGGGAGGGCGCCGGCGGCUCGGAGGGUUUGGGUGUUUCGGGCUUUCACUCGUCCAAGUACCGUAAAUCUCCUCUGAGUUUGCUGCAGUCGGGCUCGAGACUCCACAAGCAGGGCCUCGGCUCCGGGGGCUCCUCUGGGACGCCCCCUGCUGGGAAGCUCUUCAGGAUGACCCCCCUGGGCAAGAGGCCCGUGUCACAGGAGGCCCAGUCGGCUGAGAGCUCCCUCUCUCCUCCACGGCAGCUGAAGACCUUCUCACCUCUGCCACACGAUUUCUCCUACAAAAGAAAAGCCUCCCCGGACAAGCACGGACACCAGGAUCCCAGCUGUGAGCUGUGUGGCUUCUACUUUGAGAACCGUAAGGCUCUGGCCAGCCACGCUCGGGCCCACCUGAGGCAGUUUGGCGUGACGGAGUGGUGUGUGAACGGAUCCCCCAUCGAGACGCUCAGCGCCUGGAUGCGCAGCCGGCCCCAGAAGGUUCUGGAGAUGCACCGGAGCUACAUGCAGGGCAGCCGCUCCUCCCUCAAGAAGAAAGCCUCCUCCACCUCCUCCUCUUCCUCUCAGUGGUCUUCUUCUCUGGCCGUGAGCCUGGUGCGAUCUCAGAGCCGUGACGUCACCCAGGGAUCCUCCAAGGCCACGGAGGGCGUCGAAGCCGGGUCCGACUUCCGGGCCGCCGUCUCCAGGCCCGGCUGCAGUGGCCCCUCCCCCUCGCGGCUCGCCGGCGGCCUCCCGCUCCAAGCACAGGUGGCACGGAGCGAGCUGAACGUCCGUCUGCCCAGAGGUUUCGAGCGGCGGCCCCUGAAGCACCCGUCGUGUCCAGAUGGAACGGAGAGAGACAGCGGCCCUCCGAAGCCCCCCCGCACAGGCACCGUCCCCGCCCUGGUGCCCAAACCCCCCUCCUACCCACUGGUCAAACUGGUGGGCAAGUUCUACACCCUGAAGUGCCGGUUCUGCGAGGUGGAGUUCCACGGGCCCCUGUCGGUGCAGGAGGACUGGAUCCGACACCUCCAGCAGCACAUCCUCAAGAUGAACUACAACAAGCCUGCGGCUCCCAGAGCGGCGUCCGCUGAACCCCCGGCGCCGGCCGACGACCCGGCCCCGGCCUCCACCUCUACCUCCUCCACCACGCCGGCCCUCACCUCCACCUCCCCCCCGACCCGCACCACGGCGCCUACCAGCCGCUCCACUACGCCCGUAGCCGAGUGCGCCCGCACCGCCACUGCCACGGAGGUCGUGAAGGUCACGGAGGAGCAGCCCGCCCUUUCUCUGACUCCUCCCCCCGUCCCCCCCCAGGUGGUGUAA